UGCAGACUAAAAGCACUUUGGGUGGUAAUGGAGUAAGAUGGCGGCUUUGUGGCAGUGCUGUGCAAAUAAGGGCAUCAUUUAAAAAGUUCAAUUGUUUUUGAACUGAUCAAAGACCCAGGAACUCACUACAAACUAUUAAAGGGAUCAACCCUUGUGCCCGACCAAGAACACUUUGCACAGACUGCCCAUCUGGGGACACUGACAAGAAAUCAACAUCACAUAAGUAACAAGUCAACAUCGGAACUUAGAACUAUCAACGAAAAUGUCAGCUGUAAGAAAAAUGAACAGUCCUCAGUGGAAGAAUUUCCAGCCGCCUGCACAGGAUCCUGCCAUUCUAUCCUAUCAGCAAGGUUCAAACAUUGUAAGUCCUAUACUAUCACCUACUUCACCUACGAGUACAAGCAACAUUCGAGAAACGGGAUUGAUAGAGAAAUUGUUACACUCCUACGGAUUCAUUCAGUGUUGUGACAGAGAGGCGAGACUGUUUUUUCACUUCAGCGAAUAUGCUGGUGACAUUAACACAGUGAAAAUUGGAGAUGCUGUAGAAUUCCAGAUGAGCUGUGACCGCAGAACAGGCCGCCCCAUUGCAUGCUCUAUAGGUAGAAUAGAUAAGGACGAGGUAUCAUUUGAGGUGCUGAGCGAGGAAAGGUUUACAGGAUCUGUUGUGCAAGAAGCAAGACCAACUAAGAACAAAAAUGGUUGUGUUAAUGGACAAGCAGAUGGUCUAGGACGAGUAACGUAUGAACACAAUGGCGAAUGGUUCUUUUUACCAUACGGACUUGAGGAUGUAGUUGAAACUGGAAAUGCUUAUAAGAUCAAAAGUGGAGACACUGUCACUUUUUACAUAGCUACAGAUAAAAGAAAUGCAAACAUUCAAGCAAGGAAUUUGGAGGUGAUAUCAGUCCCCACAGUCCAGUCAAGAUGUCAGGGUGUAGUGUGCUCAAUGAAGGACUCAUUUGGCUUCAUAGAGCGGGAUGAUAUGGUCAAAGAAAUCUUCUUCCACUACAGUGAAUUCAAAGGAGACAUCAACGAGCUUAUACUUGGGGAUGAUGUAGAAUUUGAUGUACAAACUAGAAAUGGUAAAGAAGUGGCUGUGAACAUCGCAAGUCUUCCAGAGGGUACAGUAAUAUUUGAAGAUAUUGGUUUAGAUCAGAUUGUGGGAAGAGUUAUCAAAACCCUGAAAAAUGGUCGUAGACAAAGUGAUCCCUUGGGAGGACGGAUCACAUUCGAGGGUCCUAAAGGUACAGCAGAGAUGCCAUUUGGAGACAAAGAUCAGAUAGGAGACUACACUUUGUGUCAGGGAGAUGUCGUGGAAUUUAAGGUCGCCACAGAUCGACGCGACAAGCUUCAUCGUGCUACAUCCAUCUGUCUUCUGGAAAAGGAAACAUUUGAACAGAACAAAGAGCAAAGGGAAACGGGUGUGAUUGUAAGCCUGAAGGAUGGGUAUGGCUUUAUUCACUGUGCAGAGAGGGAUUCCCGUAUGUUCUUUCACUUUAGCGAAUUGUUAAAUGGAGAAAAAGAAGUGAAACCACAAGAGGAAGUUGAAUUCACUGUGACUCAGGACCUAUCUGCUCCGGAUCGACUGAUGGGCAUUCGCAUCAAAUAUCUGCCCAAAGGCAGUGUCAACUUCACACAUGUCCGUCCAGAGAAAUACAUAGGCACCAUAGAACCCAAGAACAAAGAUUCAGACUGUGGGAACAUAAUUUUCGACUUUGAAGGAACGAUCCAGCAGGUACCAUACCAGCUGAAGGACCUUGUGGAUCCCAGGUCCCCACCUAGAUAUGGUGACAAGGUUGAGUUUAACCUUGCCGAGAUUAAGAGGAACAACAGUAGAGGUGCUGUAAAUGUGAGGGUGCUAUUCAGAAAUGUGGCCAGUAAAUGCUUGGGAUACGUAGCAACACUCAAAGAGAACUACGGGUUUAUUGAAAGUGCUGAUCAUGAGAAGGAAGUCUUCUUUCAUUUCAGCUCUUUUGAUGGAGAUCCCACAGAAUUGGACUUGGCUGAUGAGGUAGAAUAUACUGUCACUAGGAAAAAUGCCAAAGUGAGUGCCGAAAAUAUCCGUAGAGUAACCAAGGGAACAAUUCCUGUGGAGGAGAUCCUGCGAGACCAGGGUGUACUCAAGGGAAAGAUUAUCCGACCAAUGAGAAUUGUCAACCCAGAACAGGAGGAAUACUGCGGCCUUGUACAGGUGGACCCUGCAGACGAGGAUGCUAAACCAGUCUGCUAUCCUUACGGUAUCACAAGUCUGGCUGAUAAACGAGACUUCCUUCAGACUGCAGAUGCUGUCAAAUUCCAGCUGGCAGCUAGUAAAAAUGGUGUCACUAGAGCCAUCAACAUUGCAGCAGUCCGCAAGUACAUCCGUGCCAAGGUGGAUUCUGUGAAAGGACAGUUUGGCUUCAUCAACUACGAGGCAGCAGAGGAAGGGAAGAAGCUGUUUUUCCACAUGACUGAGGUCCAUGACGGGGUGGACAUUCAAGCUGGAGAUGAGGUGGAAUUUGUUGUCGUACAAAAUCAGCGCAACAAGAAAUUCUCUGCUUGUAGCGUUAGAAAAAUCACGAGCCGACAGCGCCCUGAACGUCUAGUGAGUAGACUGAAGAGUAUCAAUGAUGACAUGAUCAGUCCUCGCAUGGUUGCUCUUCGACAGCCAAAAGGUCCCGAUGGAACAAAGGGAUUUGCACCGCGCAUUCCACGUCAGCCAACUGUCUAGCUUUGCAUUAAUCCUGCUUCAUCGCAUCUAUUGCCUUCUAUUUGAGAAAUCAAAACAGAAAAUACCACAAAAAAAGGACAAUCUCCUCCCUACUCUGGUUUCAUUUUAAACUCUUCAGUUAAUUUAUGAAUAUUUUCUUCAAAGAUUUGAUUUGAAAUACCAUUUACCUAUAGAAAUCUCUGUAUUUCCUUUCACAAGCGUUAUGAUUUUAAGGAAAACGAUCCUGGACUUUCCUCUUCCUUCAUAUUUUCUGUCUAUUUAUUAGGAAUGUUACCAGGUUAAUUAGAAUUAUUGCUGAAUAUAGAAAAAAACAAAAAGCAUAAGCUAACAUAAUUAUGUAUUUGAAUGACUAAACCUGAUUUGUUUUAUUUGGAAAUCUGUUUAAUAUUGUAAAGCAAAUGACAAACAUCUAUACAUUGGACCAAAACAGUUUAUUUUGUUGAAUGUCAAAUUUGUUCUAACAUAUUGUUACAUGUUUAACAGAGAAACACUGUUGGUUAUAUUAUUAUUCUGAAGAGAUAUAAUUUAUAGAUUUAUUUAUUUUACAAGCAUGAAUUCUACAACCUGUUAAUGUUCGAUAAUUAACAUCAUAAUUCUAUCUUGAUAUCGGUGGGAUAUCUCUAGAGCUCUAAUUGUGGAGUAAGUGUUCGAUAAUUGACAUCAUUAUUCUAUGCUUGAUAUCGGUGGGAUAUCCCUAGAGCUAUAAUUGUUGUGUAAGUGUUCGAUAAAUAACAUCAUUAUUCUAUUCUUGAGAUCGGUGGGAUAUCUCUAGGGCUAUAAUUGUGGUGUACGUGUUCGAUAAUUAAAAUCAUUAUUCUAUUCUUGAUAUCGGAGGGAUAUCUCUAGAGCUUUAAUUGUGGUGUAAGAGUUCGAUAAUUAACAUCAUUAAUCUAUCUUGAUAUCGGUGGUAUAUCACUAGAGCUAUAAUUGGGGUGGAAGUGUUCGAUGAUUAACAUCAUUAUUCUAUCUUGAUAACGGUGGGAUAUCUCUAGUGCUAUAAUUGUGGUGUAAGGGUUCGAUAAUUAACAUCAUAAUUCUAUCUUGAUAUCGGUGGGGUAUCUCUAGAGCUAUAAUUGUGGUGUAAGUGUUCGAUAAUUAACAACAUUAUUAUAUCUUGAUAUCGGUGGGAUAUCUCUAGAGCUAUAAUUGUGGUGUACGUGUUCGAUAAUUAACAUCAUUAUUCUAUCUUGAUAUCGAUGGGAUAUCUCUAGAGCUAUAAUUGUGGUUUAAGUGUUCGAUAAUUAACAUCAUUAUUCUAUUCUUGAUAUCGGUGGGAUAUCUCUAGAGCUAUAAUUGUGGUGUACGUGAGCGAAUGGGUAUGAUUAAAUGACUGAUUGAAUGGAAGGAUAUUUUUUUAUUGUGAAAUAUCAUCAGUAUAAGUUAAGCUAGAACAAUAUGAAUUGAUGUACGACCCAGAUGUGUUGGCCAAGUGAAAUCUACGAAAAAGAUCUGUUCCUUUUACAUUUGAUAUUGCAGUUUAAAUAUUACAAAAAAGAAGCUUUAUGAACAAAACAGCAUUAUAUUGAGUAAACAUUUUUCAGGCAUAUUUCAAGUAAGAUUUUUUUGUCAUACCACAUAUCAUGAUCAACUAUAAUCUAAGAAUGACCCAAAUUUCAUUUUGUCACCAUUAUUCAUGAUCAUUCAACCAUUAUAUGUUAGAGAAUAAGCUGCAAAAAAAAAAAGAAAAAUAGAAAAGGUUGUCUUUUUUUGUUAAUGAACUAAAAGGAUUCGUUAUCCUCGUUUUCAACAUAGGUAUGUGUUAUAGUACUAUGCUCUACCAUGUUGCCAAAAUGUCCAUGUUCUGGGCUGUAUAAAUUGUCAUUUGACUGUGUCGGAAUCAUGCAUGCUAUAAAACAAGCUUCAAUACCAGAGAACAAGUUUGUUGUAGGUAUGUAUGUCAAUGAUGAGACAUUUGAUUGGUCAUUGGUAACUGUAAUCACUGUGACCACGGUGACUCGAAUGUAAAAGUUAGCCUCACACAAAGAGAGCAGUCUGAAUGCUUUGGUAAUCCAGGAACACAAAAACAAAACAAAAAAACAAGGAAAAGAAUUUAAAAAAAACAAAAAUAAAAAUGAAUGAAGCGCA